AUGUCGCACGGUCUGUGCGCCUGCCUCCUCCCUCUGUCCGUGCGCCCGCACUCUCAAGCCCUUCCCCCAGCGCCCAACCUCUGCGGUUUGCGCCCGCUGACUCCGCCCACCGCCUUGCGGAGGCGGGAUCUGGGGGGACUCGGCGGAGAUUCCCCCAAUCUGCCGUUCGCGGGGGAAGAAUCCGGCGGAGCGGGGCUUUUGGCAGCGCGCGGGGCGUUUUUGCGCGGGAGGGUUGCGCGGAGAGGGCCCGCCCCCGCGCGAUCGCUGGGCGCGCGGGGGAGCGGGGGGGUGCACGGGGGAAUGCGCAGGCGGAAACGACGAGUGUGGACCCGGCGUGGGGAAGAGGAGGAGGCGGAGAAGGGGAGGGGCGGAGGCGGAAGCGAUACGGAUGCGAAUGAUUUGGGUGGGGUGUACUUGCGGAGAGGUGUGGGAAGGGGGAAGGAGGGGGGAGAGAGAGAGAAAGGGAAAGGAGAACGGGAGAGAGGGGAAGUAGUGGAGGGAAAGAGGGGUGGCAUGGGGGGUGCGGGUGGAGGGAGGGAUGGAAAAGAGAGCGAGAAGGAGAGGAGUGAUAGUAAGGAGGAGGGCGCAAGGGUAUCUAGAAAUGGGUUGGCCGGAUCAAAGGGGACGGCGAAUCCGAGAGGGGAGAGACGGAACGGAAUGGCGGGAGGGGGGAAUCAGAGGGAGAGAGUAAGAGAGGGAGUCGAGGGAUUAGAGAUUUCUGAGGCGGUUGGGAUGAGGGGCGAAGGCAGAGGAACGAGAGGGGUGAGAGGGGCAACAGGUGCAACAGUCACAACAGAUGCAAGAGGGACAGGGGAGGAAGCAGAGGGAGUGAGGGGGGGUGCUGGGAGGAGUGUGGAGGGCGGGGCAGGGGAGGUGGUGGGUGCUGUUGCAGGCACUGUUGUUGAAGCUGUGAUGGGCGUUACUGGUACUGUCAAGGAUGUGACGGAAUCAGUGACAGAAUCCGUCUUGGAUACAGUGACAGACAUGACUGAGACAGUGAAAGACGUGAAGGAUAGCGUGGAGGAGACUAUAAAGGCCUACCUCCAAACCUCCGUCGCAGCUUCGGCAGCCAGUGCUCUGGAGGACGAGUCCUUCUUUGCAGGUCCGGCAAUGGCUAUGGCUCGGGGCAUGGGAUCAGCUGUGGAGCCGGCAGGAGCGGCAGCAGCAGCAGCAGCAGCAGAAGCAGGGCUAGAACCGGCUCUAGCACCGGCGUCGCCAUACGCGCUCGUGGUUGCGAAUGUGAAUGCUCUAGUGGCUCAGCUGCUGUUUGUGUUUCUCAGUGGAGCGGUUUUCGCGAGGCUCACCCAUCCGGUGGAUCCGAUUUUGUGCUCCAAAAUCGCCUGCAUCACCCCUCCCUUACAGCAGCCACAGCAGCAACAGCAGGGUGUGAACGUGCUUGGAGGUGCAGCUGGGGGAUCGGGGCAGUCCCCGCCGGUUCGCUAUCCUCCUGCUGCCCAUUCACUCUCCCGCAGCAUCAGCAGUGCCAACUUUGGAGGCAGCGCAGCCUUCGCCGCCUCAAGUAGUUUCCCAGCUGCUGCUGGUACUGCAGUGGCAGGAGGAGGAGGAGCAGAAGGAGGCGGGUUUGGCACGGGUGGUGGUGGGAUGGGGGGCGGGAGGGGGUGUGAGCGCAUGCUGCUGGUGCGGUAUGUGCUGGCGGGGCCACAGCCGUGUGAGCUGGUGGAUGUGAAGGUGGAGCUCACUCUCAAGCACAACACCCUCUCCUGCACCGGCCGUUUCUUUCGCCAAGUGGAUCACCUUAAGCUGGUGCGGUCAGAGGACUCAUACCAGCGCUACGGCAUGACAGUUCGGCACCUGAUUGACGAGUCCAGUCCGUUGUACGGCCGGUCUCGAGAUGACCUCUGCCUCGUCAACGCCCAGCUCAGCCUCGCUGUCAUUGGCAUGGAGCGCGCGUCCAUGCAGCCAGUGUUCCAUGUGGAGGACUACUUUGUAGCAGACGAAGACGUCAUAUGGAAUGCAGAUUUUGAGGAUAUGGUGUACCGCGAUGACAAGAAUAGACUUCUAGUGGACCACAGGAAGAUCAGCAACUGGGUAGGGAUUGAACUCUGA